AUGUUUCAAGUGUGUGAAGAUAAAACUGGAGAUAAUAACAACGAUAGCAAUAACGCAGAUGAAAUAAUACAACAAUCUACAUACGAAAAUAAUAAUGCCAGCUCAGGUUCUCAUACACACUGGCAAUUUCUUGGAAAUCAGGUUCAACAAAUAGUAUAUGACGAAAGAAUUGUAGAUAAUAACGCAAAUGCAAUUGUACAACAAUUUCGCGGUGAAAUUAAUUAUGUCGUCCCAGGUAUUUAUUAUGGUGAUACACCCUGGCAAUAUCUUGCAAAUCAGAGUCAACAGGGAAUGUACCAAGAAAGAACUGAAAACUAUAACGCACAUGGAAUAUAA